AAAAAAUAGAAAUUGUCGCCGCUGGGCCCUGUGGAGGUCUCCCGGCAGCUUCCUCGCCCACAUCUGCCGGGACGUUAACCACGGCUGACUUCUCCGUUACCUCCACGCUAAUGGGACUUCAAUAUUUUUCAUGUGCCUCUUUCUACAUGUGGGCUGAGGAAUCUACUACGGAUCCUAUCUCUACAAAGAAACAUGAAAUAUCGGUGUAAUUCUACUCCUCACUGUCAUAGCAACAGCAUUCGUAGGGACUCGAUUUCAAAGGCACACAUUAUGAAUGAAAAUAAUCUUUGUCAGAUUGAGAACUUUGCUUGUGUUCUCUGUCGAAGAACUGAUGACUAUCCUGAAAAAUAUGGAGAAAAGAAAAUUUACCAAGACCACAACCUCACCAUACAUUACUAUUGUUUGUUGAUGUCAAGUGGAAUUUGGCAGAGAGGUGAAGAAAAAGAUGGUGUUUAUGGUUUUUUAAUAGAAGACAUCAAGAAGGAAGUAAAUAGAGCUUCUAAGCUGAAAUGUUGUAUUUGCAAGAAAAAUGGUGCUUCAAUUGGAUGUGUAGCCAGCAAGUGUAAACGAAGCUAUCAUUUUCCUUGUGGAGUUCAGAAACAGUGUAUUUUCCAGUUUACUGGAAACUUUGAGUCAUUCUGUUGGGAUCAUCGGCCUGUUCAAAAUACACCAUCUAGUCAUUGUACAGUUUCUUCACAAUGCACUAUUUGUUUGGAAUAUGUUGAACAUCUUCCAACAUACAGUAUUUUGGGAAGCCCUUGUUGUAAAAAUGCUUGGUUUCACAGAGAUUGUCUACAGGUUCAGGCACUCAGUGCUGGAAAAUUUUUCUUCAAGUGCCCAUUAUGCAAUAACAGUGAUAAAUUUCAGAGUGAAAUGUUGAGAAUGGGUAUUCAUAUUCCUGAAAAAGAUGCAUCUUGGGAACUGGAAGAGAAUGCAUAUCAAGAACUUUUGCAGCACUACCAACAUUGUGAUGUAAGAAGAUGUCGCUGUAAACAAGGGAGAGAAUAUAAUGAACCUGAUAGUAAAUGGGAAAUAAAACGCUGCCAGUAUUGUGGAUCUAGGGGAACACAUUUAGCCUGUUCCUCAAUAAGAACAUGGAGACAAAACUGGGAAUGCUUUGAGUGUAGAAGCAUUAUCUAUAAUUCAGAUGAUUUCAAAAGACCAAAAAAACGCUCUUUACCUAACUCAGAAAAUAUUGGGAUUACUGAUUGUUUAUUGGAACAACCCUCUCCUAAAUUCUCCAGACAAUCCCCUAGAACUCAAAAGAAAGAUUUGCUCAGGUCACCAAAAAUAUUACAUCAGGGAAGCUUGACUCCUAAUUCCUGCUUAGAUAAACCACCAUGUUCUAGAAGACUAAGGUUAAUAUCACCACUUAUUAAUGUUGCUACAAAGAAUUCUACUAAAAGGGAAAUCAACACAUUGAAAAGAGACGUUUCUAACAUACUGAGAGAAUUAGGAUUCCAAAUUAAACAAAAAACUCGAAAACUCUAUAUCAACAAAGACAGUAUCUGGAAUAGUGCCAUAAAGGGAUUCAGAAAACGAAACUUUAAUCCAUCAGACACAAUUGAGGUACAGUUCUGUAAUGGAAAUGGAGAUGCUGAUGGAUCAAAGCAUGAAUUCUUAAGCCUUUUAAUGAAACAUCUUGAGAGCUCAUCAUUAUUUGAAGGGUCCAUGUCAAAGAAUAUAUCCUUUAAUUCUGAAGCUCUUAAAGAGAAUCUCUACUAUGAGGCUGGUAGAAUGAUUGCCAUUUCUUUGGUGCAUGGGGGUCCACCGCCUUUUUUGUUUUCUAAAACAUUAUUUCACUGCCUUAUUUCUGGGCCAGAGAAUGUAGAGCCAACUCUAGAAGAUGUAGAAGACAGUAAUACAAUGCAAAUAAUAACCAAGAUUAAAAGUUCAAAAAAUUUGACUCACUUAAGGUCAGCAAUACGUGAUUACUUUGAAUACCUCUCUCACAUUGGAUGUCUAAGACUUGUAACAAUGCUAAGUGACAAGGAUGUAUUAGUAAAAGACAUACUCACCUAUCAUGUAAUUAAAAGAGUGCAGGCACCCUUGGACAGUUUUCAGCAGGGGUUGAGAACUCUUGGUGUGUUAGAAACAAUGCAGAAAUAUCCAGAAGCAUUUUAUAGUAUCCUAUGUCACAAGCCUGAGAGACUUACAACCAAAAUCCUUAGUGAUCUUUUUACUAUUCACAAGUUGUCUGAAGCACAGGAUACCAGAACUAUGGGGUUUUGGAUGAAUUACUUGCAGAAUGUUGAAAGUGGAGAAUCUGUAGUAACAUUAGAAGAUAUCCUAGCUUUUGCAACAGGUUGCCGCUCUAUUCCACCUGUUGGAUUUCAACCUACUCCAUCAAUUGAAUUUUUGCAUGCUGAUUAUCCUGUUGGAACCAAAUGCUGUAACAGGUUAACUCUUCCAAUAACCUGCACAUACAAGGAAUUUCAAGAAAACAUGGACUUUGCCAUCAGAAAUGCCUUGGGACUAGAAAGAGAAAAAACUUACUACAAUGGAUGUUAAAUCUUAUUUCAGAGGUGCCUCCUUAUAAGCUGCUAUCAUUAGGUUCUUAACAUUCCACAACUUAAUCCUUAUCCUCUUUUAUCUUAAAACUUGCCAGUCCUAAUUCAGUAAUUUUGAUAUGAACUUAAACUGGUGACUUUUUUUAUAAGUACAUUAUGUUAAGAAACUCCUUUUUCAAAUUUGUAAAAAAAAAAAAUUGCAUUUUCUUAAGGCUUUUUCUUAUCUAUGAACUUCAAAAUAAGUAACUUUAGUAAAUUGUUUCUUUGUCAUGAUAUACAGAAAAACUGUUAUCAAUUAGUUUUCUAAGUUAUGUUUACUUCAGCUAAACUAUAAUAAUUUUCCAGUUUUGUAUUAAAAACUGGUUAUCUUUCAGUUUUUUUUUUUUUUUUUUUAUUUUAAAGCACUGAAUAGAAAUGCCACUGAAGUUAAAAGGUAUUACAGCAUAUGAAGAAGAAGAUACUGUUCUCAGAUGGAGUAGUCCUAUGGUAGAAAUCAAAGUGCUGCAGAUAGGACAGCUAAUAAAAAAAUAGAACUGUUCCCUAUAUUCCUGUGAAAAUGAAUUAUAUUAAAAUUGUGCCAAAAAGUUAAUAUUUUUCAACUGUAUCUUUGGCCUUAAUGGUAACAGUUUUGAUUUCUGCAGAUUAGGGCAGUUCUAUGCCUUCAAAGUGAGUGAACGUGGGUUAAUAAUUAAUUAUUUUAGUUUGUCAUUUGCCACAUUAUGAAUUUGAUUAGUGGAUAUUAAUUGAUAAUGUGAAUCAAGUCUCUUGGAGUCUACUCCAUAGAUAUUAACUUUCAAUAUAGGUAAAAUGAUUUUGUGUCUAUUAAUUACAUUGGUAAAUUAUUUAAAGGAACAAAAUUCUUAUAUUUAUAAAUCCAUGUUCCCAUUUCAGAAGUCUUUCUCAGUUAAUUUCUAUGUAAGUGUUAUUUUCACUACAUUCCUUCAAGAUGUAUGCAUUUUAAAAAAUUGGAACAUUAAUCUGAAGUUAGUGCCAAAGUUUAAUGAUCUUUUACAUGUGUAUGUAACUGUUUUUCCCCUAACUCCCAAGUGCAAUGCCAGUUAAACUACUCUAAAUUAAAAUUCAGCAAGAAACCUUAUGAAGUAAAUGGUUUAAAUUCAUUUCUAUAUUCUUUUGACAUUUGUUGGUAUUGACAAGAGUACCUUUGAGCAAAUUUGAGCUUGGAGAGAGAACAGAAUAAUCUCAGCUUCUCUUCUUUUUCCUUUUUAGUUUUGAAAGUUAAACUUAUUUAUUUGACAUGGUUUUUGAAUGAGGUUGUGUUUUAAAACUUUUAUAGCUUCUGGAACUUCUUUCAACAACUUUACUUCUCUUGGAUUCACUUAUGUUAAAGCCUUUAGGUAAUAAUGAUAUUGUAAAUCUUUUAUUUUUUAAUUAUGUCUAAACAAAAAUCAGUUUGUAGUUUACUUUUCAUAUGGUUAUAUUUAUAUAAUUUCAAAAUUGUAUCUAUGGCUAAGCUUGGCUCUUUUUUCCACUUAAGCAUGUUUCUUUUAAUCACUAAUAUUCUAGUAUUUUCUUGCAAUAUCUUUUGGGCCUGUACCAUUUAUUUUUCUUUUCAAAUUAAAUGAGAUAAAUAAUCACUGAAUCAUUGAUAACUAAAUGAUGAGUGAUUCCAUGCUAACAAAAAUCAAUGUUUUAAAAAAAUAAAAAAGAUAAAUUUGCCAAGUGGCUUUGCCUUUAGUGUUCAGUGAUCCUAAGGGAAAUAAUUAGAAUAAGAUUUACUCUAUUUGUAAAUAGACAACAUUUGAUGAUACUUUGUUACUUUUAUGAUGAAUUGUACUGUGUUCUGAUUGUAAUAUCAAAUGUAAAAUAUUUCCUUUCAUUUUACUUUGGUUAUUUACUUUAAUAUAUGUAGCUUAUGUCAACUUUUAUGCAAUUUAAAAUUUGUUGUAAUCAAUUUCAAAUUCAAUUCUGCUAGUGAAAGUUGUAUUUAUAUACAUGAAUUAUUUUUAAACUUUAAGCAGAAUGACAAUGCGUAGAGAGCUGGUCUCAAAGCCAGGAAGACUAAGAUUGAAAGUGUGCAUCUGACACACCCUAAUUUAUGGAACAAAUUCUUAAUGUCAAUGCCCCAGUCAUCUUUCUAAGAAUAAAUUACAGAGGUGUUAUGGGCCUGCAUUGGUAAAGGGAAUAUCUUCACCUGAGAAUUCCCUAUAUUAAUGAAAUUAGUUUCAGUUUUUAUCCCUAAAUACAAACCUUUUAACUGGAGAGAAACUUAGAUAUCUCUCUGGGUUCUGUUGACAGCCUUUUCAGUACACAUAUCUUUGUCUACUCAGUUUGAUACCCAAAUUUGGAUAAUUUGUAAUGAUGUCUUUAUUGCAUAGUAAAUAACUAGAAAAAUACAUGAAGAAAGCAUCCUUUUGUAUAAACUGACACCCUAAUGCUUUUCUUGCAUGAAGUCUGUUCUGAGUAGGCGAAGAGAGAUUCCUUUUGUACUAAGUGGAAAAAUCCUUUUACAUAAAUUAACUUCAAUAAAAGUUUUAUUAAACUAAACAUAUGAACAGUAAGUACCACAUAAAUGAGGCAGCAUUGUUAUUAAAGCUUUAAAUGAGACAAAUAGCAUUCUGAAAUUAAUUCAUUUUUCAUUUAUCCUCAAGAGAUAGAAAAUUUUCAUUCACAAACUUGCACAUGACAUACCCAUUCACCUAUCCACCAAUGUAAUGCAUCUUUACUUUGCAGUCCUUAAGUGAGUAGCUGUUUAUUGUCUCCAUGGGUUUGAAGUGUGACUGUUUAUUACUCUGUAACUAACUACUUUGUAGUUUUAAGCAUUUGGAUGUGUAUAUACUAUACAUACUGAAUGUAAUUGUUUUAUAUUCUUUAUGUAACCCAUAAGAAAAUUAAGUGGUGAGAUGAUGGGUUUAAAAUUAGGGAUCUGGGACUUACCAGUGCUAAGAUAUCAGAAUAAGGAAGGAACCCUCUGAAGCCUUCUUAGAUUUCCUUCUAAAUAUCUAGAAAGCCACCUCAGAAUUGAUUUAGGAGGAGAAAAGCAGCUUACCAACCUGGUAGGAAAUAUCUUACAGGGAUGGGAGGGGAUCAAGGUCCAAAAGCAACAGCAUGGAGCCUGCAGCAAGACUCUAGGCCUGGAGAAAUCCACCAGUAAGGCCAAACCAGCAGCACAGCAAGGCCCCAACCCCAACAAAAGCUACUAGCAAGGGCUUGAUCCCUUUGCUGACCAUUAGUAAAGCCCUGUCCUAGGGCUAGCCAGCAAGGAGACCCCACCUCCUGAGGCUUACCAAAUAGGGAGACCCUAUUUCUAUGGCAACCUAGGAGUAAGUCCCUGGGCAGAUCAGCAAUGAAAUUAUUCCUCCAGUGUCUGCUAGCCGAGAGACCUUAUUUUUAGAGCAAAUCAGCAGCAAGGAACCAUUCCUGGAGCAGGUUAGCAAUUAAUCUCUACAUUCAGAGAAGGCCAACUGGAGGUUCCAGUAUAAGUCAGAAGGAAAGCCUUACCCAUCAAAGAAAGUAAAUAACUAACCCCUGAAGCCAAGUGAAAGUCUGUAGCAAGACCCAGAGCCCCUGCACCAAAAGCUUAGACCAGUGUAGGGCCAGAGCAGGACCAGAGCUUCUCUCUUACAUAAAAACAUCAGGUCACAAAAAAAGACAGAAAAGUAGACAAAAAAUAAAAAGUUUAAUUUUUGAAAGUGAGCAUAAACUUUGAGGACAAUAGUGUCAAAGUGGCUACAUGUGAAUCCUCAGAGAAUAAUGUAAUUUGUUCUCAAGCCCAAAAAGAACUCCUGAACUUAAAAAAGGAUUUUAAAAAGCAAUUUAGAAAAGCAGGAGAAAAUUGGGGAAAGAGAUGAGAGUAUAAUGCAAGAGAAUCCUGAAAAAAGUCAAUAGCAUGGGGAUAGAUAUGCAGAAAUUUACCAAGGACAAGAAUUCCCCCCAAAAUAGAAUUAGCCAAAUGGAAAAGGAAGUACAAAGGCUCACUGAAGAAACUAAUUCCUUAAUUAAAAUUGAACGUGGAAACUAAUGAUUCUACAAAGCAUCAAGAUACGAUAAAACAAAAUUUAAAAAUUAAAAAAAUAGAAUUUGCAUGUUGGAGAUGUGGGAAAACUGGGGCAUCUACACUGCUGGUAGAGUGGUGAGCUGAUCCAUCCUUUCUGGAGAGCAAUUUGGAACUAUACCCAAAGGGAUAUAAAACUCUGUACCCUUGAAUCCACCAAUCUACGUCUGUAUCCCAAAGACAUCCAAAAAAAAAAAAAAAGGAAAAGGACCUAUUUGUACAAAAAUAUUUAUAGCAGCUCUUUUUGUGCUGGCUAAGAAUUAUAAAUCAAAGGGUUGUCUCAUACUUGGGGAAUAAUAGCUAACCAAGCUGUGGUAUACAGUUGUACUGGAAUAUUACAGUGCUGAAGAAAUGACAAGCAGGAUGAUUUCAGAAAAACUAAAAAGACUUACAUGAACUGAUACAUAGUGAAGUGAAUAGAGCCAUUAUACACAAUAACAGCAAUAAAUUUCGAUGAAGAAAUGUGAAUGACUUAGUUAUUCUCUGCAGUGCAGUGAUUUAAGACAAUCCUAAAGGACUAACGAAGCAUACCAGUGACUUCCGGAGAAAGAACAUAUAAUGAUUGAAUACAGACUGAAGCAUGUCAUUUUUCACUUUUUAAAAAAAUUUCUUGUACAAAACGACUAACAUAAAUAUUUUACAUAAUUGCACAUGUAUAACCUAUAUUUGCGUAUCUCAGGGAGGGGGGAGGGCAGAGAUGAGAGAGGAACUAAACAUGGAACUCAAAACUUUAAUGUUUAAAUAUUGGGGGAGAAAUGGUGAUCUAAGUAUAGAUAGUGGUAGACACAAAAGAUUGAGAAGGGAAAAAAGGAAUGUUGUAAGACAGUUCUCAUGUAAAUUUGCAUCAUGCAAAUUCAGUUUUACAUAAAUUCUAAAAGGCAUGUAUUCAUAAACAUAUGAAGAGAAUUUGGAAAAAAGUAUUCUUUAAGUUCAUUCCUAAUUUUCAUGGAUUUGAAAGAAAGAUGAAAUGUUCAAAGAAGUAACAGGAUUGUAAAAUUAGCACAAGAACUGGAGCUAGAAGUCGAUGAGAAUGAUGUAAAGGAGUUGAAUCUCAUAGAGAACUGUUGAAUGAAGGUCUGAUUGAGUUGUUUUAUUAACUUUACAGUACUGUGUAUGCUUUAUUAUUAAGUUUACCCUUCAUAAUUCUGUUUUAUCGUGGUACAAUAUUCAAUAUCUGCAUUUUAGAACAUUUUAUGACUUGUGUAAAGGUAUUUUGUGUAUGAUUUUGUUAUAUAGCCCAAGUGAAAUGGAUGAGUAGGGGCAAAUUCACAUUAUCAGUAGAGAUCUACAGAAUGGUCCCCUUAAGGUGAGAAUUGUCUGUACUUCAAUCAUAUUCAAAGGAUUUUAGGAAGUGAAGUUUUCAUAUAUGCUCUCAAGCUCUUGAAGGGCUGACUUUUGUAUGUAUUGUUUAGUUUUGCAUCACUGGAGUGCAAAUUAAAAUCAGUGAGUAAAUUGACAAGUUGGUAGAAAUUCGAGUAAAUUUAUGCAAUUUAAUAAUUAUUUUAAGUGUGACAUAUUUCGGAAUGUCAAUAUUUUCCCUUAAUAUUGGGUCAUUCCUGUUGGAAUAAAUGAUAGGUAAUCAAUAGUGUUUUUGUGAUUUCAUUAAACUUUUUAUGUGGUAAAUAAAAAUAAUUGCCGGUAGAAAAGAUGAUUGCUACAUUUUAAUAGCGAUUAUUAUAAUUUCAAUAUGUAAGUUUUAGUUGUGUAAAUAGCAGUUUGACAUUUACAUUGCAAAAUUUGGUAGCUUCAGAAUUUAGCAGUUAGUAUGUCAGUGUUGAAUUCCAUGUUUUGGAUAUAUUGCUUAUGGGAGAUGAAUUGUCAUGUGUAUCCAUUUUUUGAAGUGCAAUAAAGUCUAAGGA